UGGGGCGCGGCGUCCCGGCCGCCCGGUUACCUGGCAACAGGACGGAGCGGAAUGCGUAGGGGAAGGCCGUUUGGAGAGAGGCCUGAGCAGAAGGGAUGAGCCCGGGAAAGCAGCAGGAGGAGAAGGAUGAGGUCGACUCCGUUCUCCUUUCUGCGUCCAAGAUCUUAAAGUCCUCGGAGGGAGUAAAGAACAGUAGUUGCAGUGAAACAGAACAUGGCUGCACAUCAGAAUCAGAAAAUCAAAUCCAACCACAAUCGGCACUGAAAGUCCUUCAGCAUCAGCUGGAAUCCUUUCAGGCUCUGCGAAUGCAGACUUUGCAGAAUGUUAGCAUGGUACAAUCUGAAAUCAGUGAAAUAUUGAACAAAAGUAUUAUUGAAGUAGAAAACCCUCAAUGUAGCUCAGACAAAAAUCUAGUAUUCAGCUCACGCAUUGAAAAGGAUUUGGAAGAAUGGACCAUCAGAGAUGAAAAUAAGGAAAUUCCUGUCUUGAAAACCUUAAAAGAUCCUAUAGAGAAUCAAGCAGGAAUCCUCUCUAUGGAGAAAAUGCAUCAUUUUGAAGAUUCUAGGACUCUUCAUUCAGUGGAAGAAAAAUUCAUUAGUGAUAAUUUUAACAGUCUUCCUCAAAAUGUAAAUAUUCCAUCCCAGACCCAUUUCAAUGGCAUAUUAACUCUGAGAAAUUCAACAGAUAAUUCAUCUUUAAAUGUAAUUGUGAACCCUUCAGAAAAUUCUGAAAUGUUGAAAAAUUAUAAUAACCUUCAUAAUUUUCUACCUACUGCCCCUCAAAAUGUGAUGUCUCAAGCUGAUACAGUAAUUCUGGAUAAAUCCAAAAUUACUGUGCCUGUUGUCAAGCAUGGAUUUUGUGAAAAUUUGGAUGAUAUUUGCUACUCUAUCAAACAAAUGAAGGAAGAGCUUCAAAAGUCACAUGAGAGGGAAAUGGCACUUACAAAUGAACUUCAAGCUUUAAAAACUGAUACAAAUAUUCAAAGGAAUGGUAAAUAUGACCUUCCCCCUAUUCAGAAGGAAAAAACUAACUUUAUUAAGGAAGAAAACACAGAAGGUAACUUAAAUGAAGAUAUAAAAUCAAAGAGGAUUUCAGAAUUAGAGGCAUUAGUAAACAAAUUACUUCCAUUCAGGGAAACUGUGUCAAAAAUCCAUGUGAAUUUUUGUAGAAAAUGUAGAAAGUUAUCUAAGAGUGAAAUACACAGGGGAAAGAAGAAUGAGAAAAACAAUAAGGAAAUUCCCAUCACAGGCAAGAGUAUUACAGAUUUAAAAUUCCAUUCCAGGGUACCAAGAUAUACACUGUCAUUCCUUGACCCAACAAAAUAUGACAUGAAAGACCAAGAAAGGCAACCAUUUAUAACAAAACAAGGAACAAUAAUAUUUGAAAAUCAGAAAACAUCCAAAGUCAAUUCUGUUACUGAGCAGUGUGUUGCAAAAAUUCAAUACUUACAGAAUUACCUAAAAGAAUCUAUGCAGAUACAGGAAAAAGUAAUAGAACUGGAGAAUGAAAAUUUAGACCUUAAGACCAAAAUAAAACCUCUUGUCUUUACCACACAAUCUCUGAUACAGAAAAUUGAAACAUAUGAAAAACAACUUAAGAAUCUGAUAGAAGAAAAGAGCAUUAUUCAGUCUAAUUUAAUUAAAACAGAAGAAGAAGGCAAGGAGUGUCUUAAAGAAUUAAAAAAAAUAAUCAGUAAAUAUAAUGUUCUCCAAAGCCAAAAUAAAACUCUAGAGGAAAAAAAUAGCCAACUCUCUUUGGAGAAACAACAAAUGAUAGAAGCAUUAGAUCAACUAAAAAGUAAGGAACACAAAACUCAAAAUGAUAUGGCUGUUGUCAGUAAUGAAAAUAAUCGAAUGAAUAUAGAAAUGGAAGCAAUAAAAACAAAUAUUCUGUUGAUUCAAGAUGAAAAACAAAUGUUGGAGAAAAAAACAUACCAGCUUCUAAUGGAAAAAAGCUCACAUGAAAAUGAACUAAAAGAAAAUCAGUUAGAGAUAAUACAGCUAAAAGAGAAAGAAAGACUAGCAAAAACUGAACAAGAGACACUUCUUCAAAUAAUAGAAACAGUUAAAAAUGAAAAACUUAAUCUUGAAACAACAUUACAAGAAUCUACUGCUGCUAGACAAAUGAUGGAAAGAGAAAUUGAGACUAUCCAAACCUACCAAUCUACUGCAGAAGAGAAUUUUCUGAAAGAAAUAAAAAAUGCAAAAUCAGAAGCAAGUAUUUAUAAGAAUAGCUUGUCAGAAAUCAGCGAGGAAUGUGAAAUGUUAUCAAAAAUGGUAAUGGAAAUUAAAACAGAUAAUGAGAUUCUAAAAGAAGAACUAAAGAAAAAUAGUCAAGAAAAUAUGAAAUUUGAAAACAGCAUCAGUAGACUUACUGAAGACAAAAUACUUUUGGAAAACUAUGUAAGAAGUAUAGAAAAUGAAAGGGACAACUUGGAAUUUGAGAUGCGGAAUCUUCAACGAGAAUAUUCAAGUUUAAGUGAUAAAAUUUGUAGUCAGCAUAAUGAUCUAUCAAAAACAGCUUACAUUUCCAGAAGAGAGAAAUUCCAUUUUGACAACUAUGAUACUUAUGACAACACUUCCAGUCCUAGGAGUAGGCCAUUAGCUCCUGAUUUGAAAGAUUUUCAGAAGAUGAAAAAGAACUUCCCAAAGAGAAGACAGGUACAUGGAAGGAGCCAAGAUUUCUAAAAUCGGCUUUUUAAA